AUGAAAGAGCCAAGACGAAUACUGAUCCGCGGUCGUGCUGGAGUCGGGAAGACUACUCUGUGCAAGAAGAUCGUACACGACUUCGUUGAAAAGGAGAUGUGGAACAAUCUGUUUGCUGGCGUACUCUGGGUACUGCUGCACAACCUGAAAACGUGGAACGAUCCAAAGCACGGUCUGACGGGUAUGCUUCGUCAUAUCUAUCUACAGCAACAUCCAGACGACGCCUCUCUGGCCAGCGCCUUACAACAGUAUGUGGAGAAUUCCACAUCCCGCGGUACCCUUUUCAUCCUCGACGGCCUGGACGAAAUCUCCGAACUUUUAGACAAACGCAACCCAUCCAUGUUUGAUUUUCUUGUAGGGCUGCUGAACCGGACGAACGUCAUCAUUACGACCCGGCCGCACGUCUCGCUUCCGUAUGAUUUCCAGAAACCUGACCUGGAGGUGGAAACAAUCGGCUUCCGCUCCGAUCAGGUGGAAGAUUACCACGAAGCAGUUUCGACUCUGGCAGUAUCCGAAAAUAUCCAAUCAUUCCUCCAGAAAAGCCCGCUGAUGCGAAGCCUCCUCCGUAUCCCGAUUCAGUUGGACGCACUCUGCAUUGUUUGGGACAAGACUCUGGUAAACAAUGGCGGGUUCAAGACGAUGACCCAAGUCUAUGAAGCUAUUGUGGAGCGGCUCUGGAGGAAGGAUAUCAAAAGAUUGAAAGAGUCACAGCCGCAUAUCGAGGCGUUGUCUUCGUCCGAGAUUGAGGACCAUACCAAGCAAGAGAUUCAUAUUCUUGAGUCUCUAGCUUUUAGCGGCAUGCACAGUAACCUGAUUGAGUUCCAGUCAGUACACCGCGAAGCUGUUCGAAAGUUUUCUAUGAAACCAUGGGACGACUCUCAUUUCUGA